AUGGGAGUGCUCUUUUCUCGCCCUGGCGAGAACCAGCUCCCUGCCAGCUCGUUCGCAGCGGGCGACUUGGCAUCAGCAAAAGCCCCGUCCAUAGCACCAUACCUCGGCAUCAACACGGGCAUCUCGUACGGCGACACGCCGACCCAGGACCUGCCGCCCAUCCCGCUGGAGUGGAUCGUCUCCCCCCACGAUAUCGAUCAAACGUGCCCAGACCGGUCCAGAGUGCUCGCCUGGUUUGCCAUCACGGACGCCGUCAUCGUCUGCCUAGCAAUCAUCUUCGCCCAUCGGUCCUUCAUCUACCACGUCUCCCGUCGGCGGCUUGGGCGGCGUAGGUGCUCGGUCUGGCUCACCUGGCUCAUUCCCUUUGUUUGCCAGCUGAUCGCCAAUGCCGCCAUUGCUGGCGUGGUGGGCAACACCCCAGGGUACGAGCACCUAGACAAGGCGCACAUCUUCACCGUGUACCUCACGCGUCCGCGAUACUACUACAUCCCUCUAGCAUUACUGCGUGCUCUCGUGACGAUCCGUCGCUCUAGUGAAUGGGACAAGACGAAAAUCAUUCGACGUUCGCGUGACAAUCGCCUCGAGUUUCCGUACGCCGAUGCCUGGAUCACCACCGCCAUCUCCGAGCUUCUCCUUCUCACCGUGGGCGCUAUCUUCGCGGGCGUUACCUGGAACCGCUUGCCCGGCCGCAGCGAAACCGGCAGUUUCAUGCAUGACAAUGUCAGCUAUGUGUCCUGCACGCCGGCCGUCAUGCUUUUGUGUGUCGUUGUCUUCAUCCCGAUUUUCAUGCGCUACGGCGAGGCCUUUCCCGUACAGGCCCAUUACGGAGAAUCGGCGUUUCGUGCGCAAGGACGUCAGUAUGGCGAGGGCAGACACUGGGGUGCCAGGGUGAACAAACGUGGGGAGGCAAGCAUCGUGGUCAUGAAGAGCAAAGAUCCGAAGAGCAUCAAUAUCAAGAGAGCUGUUUUGUCCGCCCAAACUGGUGGAGACGAGCGUGAUUUGGGCUGUGUUUACUUCCAUAGGGUUGCUCGCCGGAGCAGCGUCGUAGCUCUAGAGUGUUCCACUCUCGUCACGAUCCAUACGUCAUCAUCGUUGGAACAAGAGAACAGCUCGCAGGCGUCUUCAUCUUGA